ACGCCCCGGCAAAGUUUCGGUUAUUCAGUCUUGACGCGACUUUCAGCCGGCUACGAUGGUGUCGGAAAGCAGUUAGCCAGCUUUUUUAUAUAUUAACGCGCUAACCAGAUGCACUAAUCAUUCAUUUGUAUUCGGCCUCAGAGUGACGACUUUGAAAACACGUUUUGUGGCACAACACUCCGAUAGCACUCAUUAAAAACCGACACAAAAACAAAUAUUAAAAGAUGACAGAUACCUCUUCAAUAGGAGCUAUUAACAAUGGCUACGAAACGGAUCAUAAGGAACUUAGCAUACCAGAGACUGAACAGUUUAAGGAGCUCCCACCCAUCGGCAGCACUGAAAAGGCCCCAAAACCGAGCUAUUGGGACAACAAUCCAAAAGUUAAACGCAUUGUAAAGAUCUCGCUUUAUGUUUUUCUGCAUCUUGUGGUUGUCGGCUACUUCUCUUACGCCACUUACCAUUAUCAUGAUAUAACUAAUUACGAAUGCACAUGGAGUGGCAGCACCAAUCCCCUUUGUGGCAUCAACUUCUGCAGUGGCUAUGGAAUGCUCGUCCUUCUCCUGGGCUUCAUCUACCUGGGUCUUUUUUACUUUUACGUAUUUAAGGACACUGUUGGCCGCUCUCUGUACAGAAAUUAUUUGAGUCCUAUUUCAAAGAAAUGGCACAGUUUCACCAGAACCCGGAUUGUAUCUUUCGCCUCCAUUGCCCUCCUUCUGGUCCUGUUGGGCAUUUUCGUCUUCUUCGAGACAAGAGACGAUCGUCAGAAGCUGUUAUCACUGGUGGCACCCUGCUUUUUCAUCCUGUGUGGCUACGUUUUCUCCACCAAGCGAGCGGCCAUUCAGUGGCGCGUGGUCAUCACCGGAAUCACUGCCCAGUUUCUGCUCGGAAUCAUCUGCAUUCGCUGGGAGGUGGGCCGCAAAAUCUUCGAGUGCCUGGGCAAUAAGGUAGCCACUUUCCUGGGUUACGGCACCGAUGGAGCCCUCUUCGUGUUUGGAGACUUUUUGGUGGACAACGAUGUAUUCGCCUUCGCCAUCCUGCCUGUGAUUUUCUUCUUCAGCUUCUUCAUCUCCAUCCUGUACUAUCUGGGUGCGAUGCAAUGGGUGGUGAUCAAGCUGGGCUGGAUCCUGCAGUCACUCUUGGGCACCACCGUCUGCGAAAGCGUGACGGCGGCCGCAAAUAUCUUUCUGGGCAUGUCCGAGAGUCCACUGCUCAUCCGUCCGUACAUUAACAAGCUGACCAAGAGCGAGAUCCACAGCAUUAUGGUGUCCGGGUUUGCAACGGUUUCCGGCACUGUUCUGGCGGCCUACCUCUCCUUUGGCGCUUCGGCCGCCCAUCUGAUUACCUCCUCGGUGAUGGCAGCUCCCGCCACUCUGGCCAUUUCUAAGCUCUACAUGCCAGAGACAGAGGAGAGUCAAACCACCUCAGAGUCAAUAGAAUUGGAGAAAUCACAGGACUCAUCUAUAUUGGAUGCCGCCUCCAGUGGAGCAAGCAAUGCCGUGCCCAUCGUCCUGGGCAUCAUCGCCAACAUUGUGGCCUUUGUGGCGUUCGUCGCCUUCCUGAAUGGGCUGGUUAGCUGGCUGGGGUAUUUGAUUGGAGUCGAUGACAUCGACUUCGAAUGGAUAUUCUCCAAGCUGUUUAUCCCUCUCGUCUGGGCAAUGGGUGUUCCAAAGGAUGACUGCGAUAUAAUUGCCAAGGUGGUGGCCACCAAGACCAUAAUCAACGAGUUUGUUGCCUAUGAACGUCUGGGACAGUAUAUCGAAAGUGGUCAAAUUACAGCUCGCAGUGCUGGAAUUGCCACCUUUGCCAUUUGCGGCUUUGCCAAUCCCAGUUCUUUGGGUAUCCUGAUUGGAUCGCUGAGCGCCAUGGCGCCACAUCGUCGAUCCACGAUUACAUCCGUGGCGUUCCGAGCCUUUAUAGUCGGCAGCAUUGUCUGCUUUGUGUCCGCCAGUUUUGCAGGUAUUCUAUUGCAAGAAGACGACGAAAGAACUAACUACAAUGUGAUUAUGCAGAAAUUGGGACGUAGAAAUGCCACCAAGUUUUAGACCGUAUUAAUUAAGAAAUCAAAUUAAGCAGACUAAUAAAUAUAUUAUUUAUUAAAUUA